GAUUAGUGGUCUGAGUGAAGUGACAGGCAGCAAGAGCCUUGAGACCAUGCACGGCACGAUGGGGCUUCGGGGGCUGCUCUGUGUGUGCCUGGCGUCCCUGCUCACCCUGCAGGCCAUGCCCGCUCAGGGUUCACCCGCACGCAGUCCCAAAGGCGGCAAGAAGCGACCGGCUUUGGACACAGCUGUCGAUGGCGUGGUCAUCCAGAGUUUGAAAGUCAACUGCAAAGUCACCUCUCGCUUUUCCCACUGUGUCAUCACCAGCCAAGUGGUCAACAACGCCGACAAAGCCAAGGAAGUGGCCUUUGAUGUGGAAAUCCCCAGGACGGCCUUCAUCAGCGACUUUGCCAUCACAGCAGGUGAAAAUGCAUUCCUCGGGGACAUAAAGGACAAAGUGACUGCAUGGAAGCAGUACCGGAAAGCGGCCAUCUCAGGAGAGAACGCCGGCCUUGUCAGGGCCUCAGGGAGAACGAUGGAGCAGUUUGCCAUCCAGGUCACCAUUGGUCCCCGGAGCAAGGCCACGUUCCGGCUGACCUACGAGGAGGUGCUGAGGCGAAAGCUUAUGCAGUAUGACAUUGUCAUCAAGGUCAAGCCCAAGCAGCUGGUGCAGCAUUUUGAGAUCGACGUGGACAUCUUUGAGCCUCGGGGGAUCAGCAAGCUGGAUGCCCAGGCCUCCUUCCUCCCCAAGGAACGGGCCGCCCAACUCAUCAAGAAGUCCUUCUCAGGAAAAGAGGGUCAUGUGCUUUUCCGUCCCACGGUGGGCCAGCAGCAAUCCUGCCCCACAUGCUCUACGACCUUGCUGAAUGGGGACUUCAAGGUGACCUACGAUGUCAAUCGGGACAAGGCCUGUGACCUCCUGGUCGCUGAUAACCACUUUGCCCACUUCUUUGCUCCCCAAAACCUGACAAAACUGAACAAGAAUGUGGUUUUUGUGAUUGACAUCAGCUCCUCCAUGGAAGGCCAGAAAGUGAAGCAGACCAAGGAGGCGCUCCUUAAAAUCCUGGGGGACUUGCGGCCAGGGGACUACUUCGACCUGGUCCUCUUUGGGUCUGCAGUGCAGUCCUGGAGGGGCUCGCUGGUGCAGGCAUCUGCCGCCAAUCUGGACGCAGCUCGGAACUUUGUGCAGCACUUCUCUCUGGCCGGGUCUACAAACCUGAAUGGAGGUUUGCUCCAGGGAAUUGAGAUUUUGAACAAAGCUCAGGGAAGCCUCUCAGAGCUCAGCAACCAUGCCUCUAUUCUCAUCAUGCUGACAGAUGGCGAGCCCACAGAGGGGGUGACGGAUCAUACCCAAAUCCUCAAGAACGUCCGAGAUGCCAUCAGGGGCAAGUUCCCACUCUACAACUUGGGCUUCGGCCAUGAUGUGGACUUGAAAUUCCUGGAGGUCAUGUCCCUGGAGAACAACGGACGUGUCCAGAGAAUCUAUGAGGACCACGAUGCCACCCAGCAGCUGCAGGGCUUCUACGAGCAGGUAGCCAACCCUCUGCUGAGGGAUGUGGAGUUGCUGUACCCCAGGGAUGCCGUCUCGGCCCUGACCCAGCACCACCAUAAACAGUACUACGAAGGCUCGGAGAUCAUAGUGGCCGGCCGCAUCGCUGACCACAAGCGGAGCAGCUUCAAGGCGGAUGUGCAAGCCUAUGGGGAGGGCCAAGAAUUCAAGACGACCUGCCUGGUGGACGAGGAAGAGAUGAAGAAACUGCUCCGAGAGCGGGGCCACAUGCUGGAGAACCACGUCGAACGCCUGUGGGCCUACCUCACCAUCCAGGAGCUGCUGGCCAAGCGGAUGAAGUUGGAGGGGGCAGAGAAGGCCAACGUGUCAGCCAAGGCCCUGAAGAUGUCGCUGGCCUAUCAGUUUGUGACCCCGCUGACCUCCAUGACCAUCAGGGGCAUGGCAGACCAAGACGGCCUGGAGCCCCUCAUUGACAAGGCCCUGGAGGAUUCUCUGCCCUUGGAGAUGGUGGGGCCCAGAAAGACCUUCGUGCUGCUGGCCUCGCAGCCUUCUCCGACGCGCCCUAGCUCCGAGGUCCAGCAGUUGCCAAACCAAGUGACUGGCGUGGACACUGACCCCCACUUCCUCAUCCACGUGCCCCAGAAAGAGGACACUCUGUGCUUCAAUAUCAACGAGGAGCCUGGUGUGGUCCUGAGCCUGGUGCAGGACCCUGACACAGGCUUCUCAGUGAAUGGCCAGCUCAUUGGCAACGAGGCCAGUGGCCCUGGGAAGCACGAGGGCACGUACUUCGGGCGGCUGGGGAUCACAAACCCCGCAACAGGCUUCCAGCUGGAAGUGACUCCUCAGAACAUUACGCUGAACCCUGGCUCUGGCGGACCCAUAUUCUCCUGGAGGGACCAGGCCUCACUGCGGCAGAAUGAGGUGGUGGUGACCAUCAACAGGAAGAGGAACCUGGUGGUGUCCGUGGAGGAUGGGGGCACCUUCGAGGUCGUCCUGCACCGGGUAUGGAAGGGGAGUGCCAUCUGCCAGGACUUCCUGGGCUUCUACGUGCUGGAUAGUCACCGGAUGUCGGCACGGACACACGGGCUGCUGGGACAAUUCUUCCACCCCUUUGAUUAUAAAGUGUUCGACCUCCACCCAGGCUCUGACCCCACAAAGACAGACGCCACAAUGGUGGUGAAGAAACGCCGGCUGACGGUCACCAGGGGCUUGCAAAAAGACUACAGCAAAGACCCCCGGCAUGGGGCUGAGGUGACCUGCUGGUUCAUCCACAACAACGGGGAUGGGUUGAUCGACGGUGUUCACACUGACUAUAUCGUCCCCGACAUCUUCUGAGCCCCCAGCCAGCACACCAAUCCUCCCUUGGGACCAUGGCAGAGGAGGAGCCUGACCCGCUGCCCAGGCCACACCUCCCUGUCCAAGCUGGUCUCCUAUGUCGAAGCACUCAUGACUUCCAUUAAAGAGAGGCUAUGUCCAGCCCAGGCUGGCUGCUUUGCGGGAGGGGGGUGUGGCAGGGAGGCAACCCAAGAUGUUGCUUCUCAGAAGGGCUCAGGAGUCACAGCAGACCAGGAGGCUGGGCCGGAGCCGGCACCAACUCUGCCCCCACCCCACCCUGUUCUCUGCAGCUGCCUGGCCCCGUGCCCUCUGAGUGUCCUGGGUGUCCCGUGCACACAGCCUCCCCUACAGGUCCAGAGACCAAAGGACACUCUGGCGGCACGUAUAGGAACAACCCGUAACAGCUGCAGCUGCCCCGUGCUUCCUGUAGCCAGGAACUGUUCUAAGUGCCUUUGUUGAAUUAAUUAAAUGUAUACUCUCAACAGCCCUGGGGGAUACUUUUAUCACGACUACUUACAGCUGAGGUUAGGUAAUUUGUCCAAAAUCACUCAUCUUUUAAGUGGCGGAGCUGGGAUUUGAACCCAUGCUAUCUGGAGUCAGCAUCUAUGUGCUUAACCACCCCAUGUAAAUAUUCCCAUCAGGCUGGGUGGCUGAUGGCCAAAGCCUGCUGGGAUUUGGUUCUGGAUAUCCCAAAGUAUCACUUAACACGAACAUGUGAAAGAAAUACAUGAAAUAUAUAUGGACUUGGGGUCCUGAAGAAGUCCUGCCAGGAGCUGAGGGUCACCUAUUGGGGUCAGGGCCUCGGGAGGCAGUUCCCAGGCCUCCAUCCUCCACUGGAUUUCCCAGCUGGGGGUUUGGAACCUCUGAGAGCAGGCAUAUUUCCCCAGAGCAGAGACGGCCACUGCCUAGAAGCUGUGAUUUCAGGGGCCAGGAAUAGCAGUCCACUGACUCCUCACACUGAUGCCUGAUACCCCUUCAGAAUGCCUUCCCUGGGCCUUGUCUAGGGGCCCAGUUAAAAUGUGACGUUACAGGGUGUGUGGAGAUGAACUUGUGCUUUGGGGAGCCACUGGCCCUUUUGGCGAAGGUUGAUGGGCCUCCACCCACUCCUUUCCAAAGGGUUUCUGCUUUUUCUGGCGUCUGUCCAGUUCCCAUUCCAGAUGAGGCCCAUGGGGGCUCAGAUCAACAACACAAAUGCUGAGGUCCAGAGCUGCCCCAAGCCCAGGGACACAGAGCCCUGAGGGGCAGCCAGUGGAAUUUCAGAGCCCAGCCCACCGUCUGAUGUAUCCUGGGCUUCUCAAGGGAGAGCCACGGGUUGCCAGCUGGCUGGUCACCCUCAGCAAAGUCUGCCCAACUGGGGCCUCCUUUUCCCAUCCUCUAGAGUGGAAAUGGGGUGGACCUGAAGAUUUCCUAGAUUCCUUUAAUUCGAAAUUCUGUAUGAUGACUCUGGGUCCCUCCAAGUCCCCAGCUGUCCCUCAGGGGCCUCUUGAGCAACCUCAGAAUUUCGUACUUUGAGUUAGUUGUCCCUCCCACAAAACUCCAAGUAUUGGGGGAUGAGGCGGUAGCCUGGAGGAGAGGGGCUGGGGAAAGCUCCUCAGGCGGCUGCAGGGCCGUGAGGAGGAGCCACUGGGCAAUGCUGGCAGGACAAUAGUUCUGCCACCCCUGCCACAGUCCCAAGAGCCCAGUAGUCAGCAACCAUAGAUGCUGAAGAUGACCUCAUGAACUAGACGUCCUGGGAGCUAGACUGCAGGGCCCUUCUCUCUGCUCCCAGGUGUCAGCCCUGAACUCGGUGCCCGCCAGCAGUGUGGGUCAGGGUUCGGGAGGCCUGAGGAGAGCAGGGACCCCCAGCCGGGCCUCAGCAGCUCCCUUUGUUGAUCCACUAUUGUUUUGCCGACUUUGCAGCUCUCUGUCGUUACUUCUGUGGCUCCUGUGACUUCCAGUCACUAGUCCACUCCUUCCUCGUGGCUUCUGCUGCCUCAGAGCUUCUGCUUUCUGUCUUCUCACUCUGUUUCUCUGCCCUCAGCAGUCAACUCUCUCUGUACAUCUCACAGUCAAGUACACUCUUGGCUUUCACUCAAGACCAUGGUACGAUCCAUAAAUUAGCUGUCCUGUGCUCAGGCAUCCUCAUCAACACUGUUCACUAGUGUCCGAGUAGGAGGGUCACUGGGUCACUUUGCUCAGAAGAACAUGGGUAUGGCCGGCACAUGGUAGCCACUCUGGAAGGUCUAGGGGUUGGCAGGGCCCUGGGAUGGCCCAGAAGGACCCAGCCCCCACUAGGAGGGGAUAAGACCCUGCCUCUGAGGCUCCCAUUGUCCUGGAUAGCAGAACUCCAGGCUCACUGGAGACUUUCAGGAGAACGACUCUCCAAGAGGCCGAGGGCAGCUGAGUUCCUGGCCAGACUGGGAACACAGGGAUGAAUGUGACACAUGGCCUGGCCCUCCAGGUGCUCAAGAGUCUAGAGAGAGUGAUCAGAUCCAAACCUGAGAACCUCAACCAAAGGUAACGACAGAAUGUAGGCCCUUCGGGAGCUUGGAGCCUGCAGCAGGGCUGUCUGUGGUCAGCUAGGGGACAAAAGAGGAAGACUUCUGAAGGAGGGACACAGGCUGGCAGAGAUAAGAGAUGUGAUGUGCAGAGAAGGGGGAGGUACGCCAGUGGGAAGAGAGUUAAGUUCAGAAAGCAAGUUGGAGCUGGACCACAGGACUUGGGAAUUGUCCUUUUCAAGGGGUCGCGGGAGACAGAGAGAGUAAUGAGCAAGGGGUCAGCCAUGGAGAUCUGAGCCUUAGACGGAUGGGUCUGGUUUGGUGCCCUGGCUGCCUCAAGAAGAGGGGGGUGACUGUGAUCCAGGAGGCCAGACCAGAGGCCACGUCUGCGGUGCGGCGACAAUGCUGAGAUGCCGUUUGUGACUCCCAUUGCCCCCUCCCAGGGGGUCUCGGGGCCCAUUUGCCAACACAGAGCUUCUGCUUUCUCCGGGGGCCUCCUUGUCCCACAGCCCCCGGGAGUGAAGUCCUAAUACUGCUGACGA